CUGCCACCUUCUAUCUCAAUAGGCUCAAGAAAAGAAAAGACACUUCAACCCUUCAGGAUUGCUUCCUCUUGCAGGAAACAACGUGGCACAGGUAGAGAUGGCCGUCGUCCCUGCGGAGGACAGUUUCAUCAACUUCGUGGAAAUGAAAUUUAUUGAUGGUAUGCUCUACUUCGUAGCUGAAAAUGAUGACGACCUGGAAUCAGAUCGCUUUGGCAAGCUUGAACCACCUAAAUAUUCAAUCAUACGAAAUCUGGAUAACCAAGUUCUCUUCAUUCACCAGAGAACUAUGCCUAUAUUUCAAGAUAUGCCUGACUCUGACUGUAAAGAUAAUCCAUCCCAGACCAUAUUAGAAAUAAAUACAUAUAAAGAUGAUCGACCUAGAGGUUCUGCUGUGACCAUCUCUGCAAAGUAUGAGAAAAGUUACACGCUCUCCUGUGAGAACAAAAUUGUUACCUUUAAGGAAAUUGAACCUCCUUCUGACAUCUAUGAUACAAAAAGUGACAUCAUAUUCUUUCAGCAAAGUGUUCCAGGACAUGAUGAUAAGAUACAAUUUGAAUCCUCAUUGCAUGAAGAACACUUUUUGGCUUGUAAAAAAGAGGGUGACCUUUUCAGGCUUAUUUUGAAAGAAAAAGAUAAGGAUGGGGAUACAUCUGUAAUGUUCACUCUGCAAAAUGAAAUCUAGAUAUUAAAAUUCCACACUUUUAGCCUGGCACUGGUGGCGCAUUCCUAUGAGGUCUAAGGAUCACAAUUCAAAGCCAGCCC